AUGUCGUGGAGAAGCCAAGGGAUCACCGGUUCCAACAACAUCCCUCUCGGGAAGCGUCGCUUUGGAGAUGAGGAGGAGGAGUUUAAUGGCAACGCUGGAGUCGAUCGCGACUUGAAGCGUGGACGCGAUCCCGAGCCUCGCGGCGACGCUGAUGGACCUCGACGACGAAAGAAGCGAAACAGAUGGGGUGAUGCAUCCGAGAACAAAGCGGCUGGCCUCAUGGGCUUGCCCACUGCUAUCUUGUCCAACAUGACAAGUGAGCAGCUUGAGGCCUACACACUGCAUUUGCGUAUCGAGGAAAUCUCCCAGAAGCUUCGCAUCGAUGAUGUCGUCCCAGCUGACGGCGAUCGAUCUCCUUCUCCCGCUCCUCAGUACGAUAACCACGGUCGACGUAUCAAUACACGAGAGUACCGAUACCGAAAGAAGCUUGAAGAUGAGCGCCACAAGCUCAUCGAGAAGGCCAUGAAGACCAUUCCUAACUACCACCCGCCACAGGAUUACCGUAGACCUACUAAGACUCAGGAGAAGGUCUAUGUUCCUGUUAACGAUUAUCCGGAAAUUAACUUCAUUGGUUUACUUAUCGGACCUCGAGGUAACACUCUGAAGAAAAUGGAGGGAGACUCAGGUGCCAAGAUCGCCAUUCGUGGCAAGGGCUCCGUAAAGGAGGGUAAGGGUCGGUCUGAUGCCGCGCACGCAAGCAACCAGGAAGAAGAUUUGCACUGUCUCAUCAUGGCCGAUACCGAAGAAAAGGUCAACAAGGCCAAGAAGCUCAUCCACAACGUCAUUGAGACUGCUGCGUCUAUUCCUGAAGGCCAGAACGAACUCAAGCGUAACCAGCUCCGAGAACUCGCUGCCCUCAACGGUACCCUCCGAGACGACGAGAACCAGGCUUGCCAGAACUGUGGUAAGAUCGGACAUCGCAAGUACGACUGCCCUGAGAAGCAAAACUUCACUGCGAGCAUUAUCUGUCGCGUUUGUGGCAACGCUGGUCAUAUGGCUCGCGAUUGUCCCGACCGACAGCGUGGUGCUAGCUGGCGCAACAACGAUGCUGCUGCUCGCCCUGCUGGUCGUAUCGGUGGCGGAGAUGAUGUUGACCGUGAAUACGAGCAACUUAUGCAAGAGCUUGGUGGAGGGUCUUCUGGAGCUCCUGCGCGUAUCGAGGCCGGCCCUGGCGCUCAGAACAACGGAGACGCGAAGCCUUGGCAGCGAGGCCCUACUGGUGGACCUGCACCAUGGCGCAGCCGCAACCAGGAUUCUAACGAAGGUGGAUCGGCAGCUCCCUGGGCUAGAGAUCGCGGUAGUCGCAACGACGAUCAUCAAGGCGGUAACGCUGGUGACAGCUACUACGGACAGGCUUACGCAGGUGCUUCAGGUGCCGCUGCUCCCUGGGCACAACAGGCUCCUGGAACUCAGGGUGGGUAUGCUAGUUAUCCUGGCUAUGGUGCCUACGGUGCUGCUCCCGGAAUGGGAGCUCCUCCUGGUCUUGGUGCCCCUGGCAGUGCGCCUCCUGCUCCUCCUGGUGCUCCCCCAGGCCUGGGAGACAUUAACGCCUUUAUUCAGCAAUAUGCCGGCGCUGCACCUCCUCCUCCGCCGCCUUCUGGAGAUGCCCCGCCACCACCUCCCAGUGAUCAGCCUCCGCCUCCCCCGCCUCCGGGUGCUUAA